GCCGCUAGGGGGCGCGGUCGUGCCGCCAGCUCGCGUCAUCCGUGGCUCGCAAUCCCAGUUCUGGAUUGGAAUGUGGCAUCCUCUGCCGCCCUUUGUGGCAGGCAGCACCGCUCUGAUCGUUUCCUCUCCGAGAGAUUCAACAGGUGAUUGGCCCUACAAGAGGGGUGGAGAACAGAGGCCUGUGCGAAGGAGAGAGGAAGGACAGAGCCACCGUUCCCCUCUUGCCGCCAUGGCUCUGCCGCUGAGAUCCUUGAGUCGGGGCUUUGCCAGCGCUGCCAAGGGAGACCACGGCGGGGCAGGAGCUGGCACCUGGCGCUUCCUGACCUACUUGCUGGCGCUCCCAGGCGUGGCUCUCUGCACCCUCAACUCCUGGCUCCACGCGGGUCACCGCGGGCGCCCCGAGUUCAUCCCCUACCACCACCUCCGUAUCCGCACCAAGCGCUACUCCUGGGGGGACGGCAACCGCACUCUUUUCCACAACCCCCACGUCAACCCUUUGCCCACUGGUUAUGAACACCCUUGAGGGGGCUAGCGCCCCUGGCUCAAUAAAGGCUUGG